AUGGAUCAACGGAAUGAAGAAUCAUCCUCCUCAUCAUUGGAUUUUCAUCCUGUUGUUGGAACCACAAGUUUGAAUCAUCAUUCUCAACAACGAAAUCAUCAUGACCUCAAGAAUACAUCCACCUCCGUUCCAAUCACCAUCCAUCGUUCAAGAACACAAAAUUCCUUUUUCAAAUCUCAUCGCCCUAUUGAUGAUAGACAAGAAAAGGAAAUAGAAUCAAGACCAUCCUCCUCCUCCUCUUCACCCUCUUCACACGCUUCAAUGAUUCAUCAUCAUCAAGAUGCUUCCGUAAGGCAUCCCCGAAUAAGGUUCAUUCGAGUUACCUCUCCAAGUGAUAAUGAGGAAAAUAAGAUGGAUUUUGAAUACACAUCAUCACCUAAAACUCACAAUUUUCAUCAUCGGAAUAGCAUUCCUUCGGAAGAAGAGCCACCCAUGAAAAAGGCAAGCCACCUUCACGCAGUGGAAGAAGGAGCCACAACACAUAACAAAGCAACAACUCCUUCCUCACCUCAACCUGUCAAAAAAUCACACCAACAACAAGAAGAUUCAAGAUCGUCACACAAGAAUCGCAAAAAAGAACUUCUCUCGGAGCUAUUGGCUCGAAAACAUUUAAGGCUCAUUCACGCCACAGCAAAUGGAAAUUGUUUAUUUAAUUGUAUUUCUUUGGCACUUGCUCAAAGUGAAGAGUAUCACACCCAAAUAAGGCAAAAAUGUGUGGAUUGGAUUGAAAAUAAUUUAGACACGCCAGUGUCACAAGAUGGAGGAAUCAAAGUACGAGAUUUAAUAUUUUUAAAACCUUUUCAAGAAACUAUUGAGGAUUACCUGGGAGAAUUGAGACAAGACAAGGAAUGGGCUGAUUAUUGCUGCCUAAAUGCAUUGGCUAAUUUGCUAAAUGUACAAUUGGACGUGUAUUAUGUAAACAUGUUGGAGGAUGGAAAUUGGGAUGAUCCGUCAUCGAUGGUGGUAAAAUCUAAGAUUAAGGUUCUGCCCGCACAAUUUGUGAGGGGAGGUGUCUCUCAACACCGACGACACCACGGUCUCAAAAAGAUUCGUGUGGUCUAUCAUGAAGAAUUGAAACAUUACAACCUCCUUGUUCCACAAUAUCACACCUCCAUGUUGUAA